CAUCUAUUUUGCAUUUACAUUUACAUUUACAUUUCUUCAUCAAGAAGGCGGAUAAUAUGAUAUACAUGUCUUUCAAAUCCCAAAUCAAAUGAAAAUCAAUCGUCUUGAUUACAUCUUUACUUCCAAUAAUGGUUUCUUGAUUUUGUUUUUCAAAAUUAAACUGGGAGGGUUUCUACAAACUACAAUCAAGCAACGGUUUUCCCCAAUCUAUUUGAUCAGAAAGAACCCUAGAAGAUGAGUAGACAGGGUACGCGAUUCUGGACGUUUAAUAGUUUGGUGGGUGCUUUUCUUGAUCUUUCAAUAGCUUAUUUCUUACUUUGUGGAUCAACCAUUGCUUUCUUUGCUGGUAAAUUUCUGGGUUUUUUCGGUUUGAGCUUGCCAAGUCCUUCUCAUGGAUUCUUCGGAAUCCCUAAUUCCGAUUUGAAUAGUUUACUCCUUGAUUACCCAACUGAUAAAAUAUCCGCUGUUCAAUUCUCUGUAACUAGAAAGUUCCCUUUUGAUUCGAUUUUCUUUAGUGUCCCGAAUUGCAAUGCGAGUGAUGGUUUGAAUUUAGGAAGAGGUGAGAGGGUUAAGGAAUUAGAAGGUGAAGCGUCUAGUAGUUCGAUCUCUGAUGCUAGAAAAGCUGUUAAAAAUGAAACUGAUGAUGCUGGAGUUAAGAUUGAAAAGGAAAGGGGAUUCGAUAUGAAAGGAAAAGGGGCUUUAAAUCAUCGAGUGAGAGGUAGUUUUCGAAGAAGAAAAAAGAGCAGUCUCGAUAGUGGUAAACGCUCUUCUGUAUCAUCUUCUCCAAAUUGGAUUACGUGUGUCGAUCAGCAGAGCAAUGAGAAAGAACAUGUUGCCGGAGUUCAAGAGAACUCCAUUCUUUCCGGUGAUAACAGCUGUAACAACUACGAAGCACAGACUCCCAUGGCGCUGAACGAUUCCCAAGAACGGAUUCCCAUUAAUGACGAAGAUAAAGCAAACACGAUUCUUUUAUUGACACGAGAAUUAAUAGAGGAACAAGAUGCUCGAGCAGCGCUUUAUAUUGAACUCGAGAAGGAAAGAAGCGCCGCCGCCACUGCCGCCGAUGAAGCCAUGGCUAUGAUUCUCCGAUUACAAGAAGAAAAGGCGUCAAUAGAAAUGGAGUCGCGUCAGUAUCAAAGAAUGAUAGAAGAGAAAUCAGCUUACGAUGAAGAAGAGAUGAACAUUCUGAAAGAAAUCGUUCUGAGAAGAGAGAUGGAGAAACAUUUCCUGGAAAAGGAAGUCGAAGCUUACAGACAGACUCCACCGGAAAGUAAUCAAAGUUACAAUAACACCCUUGUUUCCGGUGACAACGACCCUGAUCGGAUUUUACGUGAUCUCAGCAUGUCAAUCGACUUAUCAAAACAAAAAUUGAAGAUAGACAAACAGUUGUCGGAGAAAACCAUAGCCAUUGUAGAGGAAGAACACAAGAAGGAGACUGAUGUUUUUUAUGAGACAAAUGGGAAGGAGGAGGAGGCUGAGGUGAGUGGCGGAGGUGUUGUGAAGGAGGCGGAGGUGAGCGGCGUGAUGGGACUGCCGCCGAUGGGGUCGAAAUGGAAGAGUUUAAGGAGAAAUUCAACGUCGGCUUUGGAUAAUGAAAGAACGAAACUUGAUACUGAAGUUGAGUGGUUGAGAGAAAGGUUGAGAAUUGUGCAAGAAGGAAGAGAAAAGCUGAAUUUCUCCAUUGAUAAUCGUGAAAAAGAAAGUUUGCAGUUGCAGCUUUUGGAGGAUAUUGCUAGACAGCUUCAGGAGAUACGGAUGUUAACUGAACCUCGGAGUGGACGUCAAGCUUCUCUUCCACUUCCUUCCGCUAAGGUGCUGACUGUUUUUUGA